AUGUUUAGUAAAUAUCGUAACCUUUUUGUGCAUAAAAACCUUACAAAGUCUUCAAUUGAGAAACCAUUACUUGAAUUCAGUGUUAAAUUAUACCACAAGUUGUCGACGAAUGACAAGAAUUUGGUAUUUUCUCCGAUUUCGUUGUCGACAUGUCUUUCGAUGGCUUUUAUGGGAACUCGAGGUAAAUGUGCCGAAGAAUUAUCUAUCGGUUUGUUUGGGAAACAAAUUCAAGACAAUGAAUACGAAGCGGUGGCCAAAGAAGUUCACUGUUUUNGCAAUUCAAACGCUUUGAAUGUCUCUAACCUUAUGUUCACUCAAACAGAGUUCACUGUUUUGCCACAAUUUCAACAGUUAUUGCAAAACUACUUCCAAGUGAUGGCCAAGUCUUUGGAUUUUAAACUUCAGAAAUCCGUUGAUGUGAUCAAUGAUGACAUCAAAAGAGCCACAAAUGGAAAGAUUGACAAAAUUCUUGGAGAGAUUGACUCCAACACAAGAAUGAUUUUGGCGAAUGCCUUGUAUUUCAAGGGUCUCUGGAAGAAGAUGUUUACUAAAAACAUGACACAAAAAGAUGUGUUUACCACUUAUGAUAACCAGUGUAUUGAAGUUCAGAUGAUGUAUCAGAUGUCGAAAUAUCCCUUCGGAUACAGUCGUCAACUCGAUGCCAGAGCCGUUGAAUUGAGUUAUGAAAACAGCUCUGCAGUGAUGGUUGUGGUUCUGCCCGAAGACAACAACUCUUUGAAACAAAUUGGAGACAAACUGACCAUUGAAUCACUCAAUCAAUUGGUUUCCUCAAUGCAUACCUUUGAAGUGAUGCUCUAUUUACCGAAAUUCAAAGUGGAAUCAAGUCUUGAGUUGAUUCCUCCGCUUCAAGACAUUGGCAUUAAAAGCGUUUUUGAUGAAAAUUCCGCUGACUUGAGUGGACUCAGCCAUAAACCGGAUCUUUAUGUCUCGCAAGUGAUCCAAAAGGCUGUGAUUGAAGUGUCAGAAGAGGGCACAGAAGCGGCCGCCUGUAGUGUUGUGGUGAUGGGGGUUAAGAAAGGCGGCCGAAGUUCACAACCCAAGUAUAAAAUAUUCAAAGCUAACCGUCCGUUCCUGUAUUUAUUGGUCACUAAAGACGAGUCCAAACAAAUCAAUUCAAUUGUAUUUAUGGGUGAAUGUCAUAAUCCUAACCAAUAA